CACCCAUCCAUCUGUUAGUGCGGGGAGUUGUUUUCAAUGCGGUGCAUUUUACAUCAGCGCUAGAAAAGAGAUUGUUAAAACACCUGCAUUACCAACAUUCAAAGUGUCUCACAUCUCUCGUCAAACAUCCUAGAGAUGAUUACCACGCAUCUAUUUGUGAAUGUAACGAAUAUUUGACAUUUGAAAACGCGCCUAUUUUCUUUUGCAAUGGACAGUGUUUGAAAGACAGAUAAACCGACAGCUGAAGAUCGCUUUGAGUGAUAUCUGCGGUCGAGAACAGGAGCAGCGGAGCCACCGCACGCACGCACACACGCCCGCUCGCGCUCUUUCACACGCGCGCUCAAUCUCUCCACCUCGCGCACAGACGCUCAUCCACUUGACCAGUCCGGUAUAGACAUUAUUACAUUUUAUCCACUUCUGCAAUCCUCGCGUUGAUCCGCAAUGGAAGAGAACACGGAAGAGGGACAGACCCAGAAAGGGUGCUCUGAAUGCUGCCUCAAAUGCCUGAGUGGGAUUCCCUACGCCUCUCUGAUUGCGACCAUCCUGCUGUAUGCCGGGGUGGCGCUCUUCUGUGGCUGUGGUCAUGAGGCUCUCUCUGGAACCGUCACCAUCAUGCAGACCUAUUUUGAUGUUGUCCGGUCGCCUGUUGAUGCCCUGGAUGUCUUUACCAUGAUUGACAUCUUUAAGUAUGUGAUCUAUGGAGUGGCAGCAGCCUUCUUCGUUUAUGGUAUUCUGCUGAUGGUGGAGGGAUUUUUCACCACUGGGGCCAUUCGGGACCUCUAUGGGGACUUUAAGAUCACCACCUGUGGGCGCUGUGUCAGUGCUUGGUUCAUCAUGCUUACUUAUAUCUUCAUGUUGGCUUGGCUGGGAGUUACAGCAUUCACCUCCCUGCCAGUCUUCAUGUAUUUCAACAUCUGGAACACCUGUCAGAACAUCACACUGGUGGAAAGUUCCAACGUUUGCUUCGACCUGCGUCAGUAUGGAAUUGUGUCCAUCGGUGAGGAGAAAAAACUGUGCACUGCUUCUGAGAACUUCAUCAAGAUGUGUGAAUCUAAUGAGCUGGAUCUGACAUUCCACUUGUUUGUCUGUGCACUUGCGGGGGCUGGAGCAGCCGUUAUCGCCAUGGUGCACUACCUGAUGGUGCUGUCAGCUAACUGGGCUUACGUGAAGGACGCCUGCCGGAUGCAGAAAUAUGAGGACAUCAAGUCCAAGGAGGAGCAGGAGCUUCAUGAUAUCCACUCUACUCGCUCUAAAGAGCGUCUGAAUGCAUACACAUAAAGCAUGCGCUCAUGCGCACACAUAUAAAUAUGUAUACAUGCACACAAACACACAUAAGCAUGCCCUUCCCCUCCUUGAAGACAAACAUAUAAACUAAACUUAACUAUAUUUAAUUUCCAUGGUUUCAGGGGUAAGGGAUUGGAUGGGAUAGGGUGGUAAAUAACUGUAACACUUGGUAUGUAGGGGUGUGACCCAGAAUGUUGGUCUUGGGACGUGCUUAUCGUCUCCAUGGCAACGACUCUGACUACCCAGGAUUUAGAUUUCGUUUUUUUGUCCUUGUUCCGAUUGCAUUUCUCCUCUACCUCCCUUUUCCAUUGACAUGUUUGAGAGCACACUAAGUUGAGUGACUCCUCUUUUGUACCACAUACUUUUAGGUUUCAUUGGGUCUUGUUAGGGGGUUUGGGUUUAGCCAAAGGGAUUAAAGAACACUUUUCACAUUUUUGUAUUACACACGGAUGAUUUGCGCUCUUCAAGCUCACCCUAUAAAUGGCUAGUCAUGAUUUAGAUUUUCUUUAGACUUUUUAAAAACCAAAAUGUGACCAAACUUGUAACUUAUGAUUUACAGGUUAAUUGCUCAAGCUGCCACACUUAUAGCAGCAACAGCACAAACAAUGUACAGAUUCUUUUUCCAACAGAUUCAGUUUUGGAGUGCCAGGGAUUUCAAAAAGUACCUUAAAGUGACUUUUACUGCUAUACUGUAGCUUGGCCUAACUGUAUAUUCUAGCUGUGCGCAGUAUUAAUGGAAGGUGUGACACUGGUGCUUUGACAGAGAUGGCUGCUGACUGGGAAAGAAGGACCGAGAAAGAACAUCUUAAAUCAGCUAGAGUGGUCAAGUAGGAUUUGCCUUGGGAUAUUUGCUUUCUCUCAUCCAUUGCAAGCCAUACUCUCACAUGCAAAUAACAUUUUCAGGUGUUUUAUUGCUUAGUUUUAACUUUAACUUUUUAAAUGCAAGUACUCAAACAAAAACACAUUUUUCCAUCAUUCAUCUGAACUGUAUAUAUCUCUUUAAAUGUAUACACAUUUCAUGUCAGUUCAUCUCGACAGUCAGUGUUAGUUGAUAUUCUUGAGAUUUUCGUUUAUAUCAGAGAAGUAUAAAUCUAAGUGGAAAAGUUGAUUGCAACGAAUCUGCCAAACACUGUGGAAGGUUAAAUAAACAAGGUUUUACGUAAAAAUCGAACCCGUUCUGAAUAAAUACAAGAAAGAUAUGGAUGUACCAGCAUGUGUUACUCAAAACUCAGUGUUUUGGCUUGGUCUUGCCGACUUCAGUUGCCCUACUUUUGCAGUAAAGUACCUUUGUCAGUGUCUCAAAAAACUAAAAUAAAUAAAAAAAGCUAGUUUUUGUGCACUUAUGGACCAUUGUGAGUUUUUUGGUGUAAGUGCAUUUGGAAUCAGCUCUGAGUCCCUUGUACUCUUAUUAGUCAUGCAGCUUUUUUAAAACCACAAAAGAAACUUGCAUUAGGUAAAAAAAAAAAAAUAAAUAUAGUUGUUAACUGUGGCAUGAUUAUGCAUCCUAUGGUAAUAGUUUUAACUAACUCAAAAGAAAAAAAUCCUUUAUUUUGAUUUUUACACUUAAGACUGUCUUGCUGGGGUCAAUUAUAUAUAUUUUUUCUAAAUGUGCAGUAUUACAGUUGCUAAGCUAACAAUAUUAAGCUAAAUAUCUUAUUAGGUUGUAGUGUUUGAGUUUUGUCCUUUGUGAUGAUUUUUCCGAACCAUGUCUUAAACCUAUUCUUGUUAUGAUGUCGCAUAUCCAGUAUUACCCUGACAUUGCUUUCAGCUUUAUUCACAUACUGUACUAGUUUUUUGUUGUACUUUCACUGAGAAUGCUUUGUAGCAGGCAGUAAAAUUAACUGGUUUUGUACAUAAAUGUGCCAACAGCUUGACAGUGGCUUUUUUCUUUUCGAACUGUAGGAACAAAGUUGCUUGCGUAAAUAAAGACACUUGUGUACUUGUUAA